UGUUAACAGAUUUCUCUGCACUUUUAGUUGUUGUAAAUCACAUCAUCCGUCGAUUGUGGAUCGGAAGGUUUUACCGAAUCCACCAGUGAACAUGUUUUCGUUGGUAGCUUUGGGCGUUCUCAGUUUUAUAACAAACAGUUUUGCUAUUUGUCCGGAAAAUCCCGAGCUACGUGCUAAAGAAUGUGUUGCCGUAUUUACCCGCUCUAGAAAUGCGAGUCACCAGGGACCAGACGCUAUUUUACAAAUUUGUUCGUUAGUUUAUGGAGCUUUAGAUUGUUUAAGAGAAAUACUAAAUGAUUGUGAUGUAUAUAACAAUAUGGGACUACUGAAUUUGCCUGAAGAUUAUGAAAGAAUAAAAUCUAGUAUAAACCCAGUCUGUGCUGGUGAUACACGUACAUUUCUUUCCCACUGUGAAAAUAAAUUUAAUGAAUGCGGACAAUAUGGUGCUCAGUUAGAAGCGGCAGGUGCGCUGGAUCCAGUUGCACGUUGUGGUGUUAUGAGACAACAUGUUGAGUGUAAUGAUCAAUUACUAGUAGAUUGUGGUUCAAUCAUGCCUGAAAUGAUUAAACAGCGUUUAGCAGCCGCUGGUCAACAAUACAAUCAAACAUGUGUUGGGAAUGACCUUGCAGAUGAUGUUGUUAGUGAUAUAUCAAAAAGAGCGAUUGCCAUAGAUCAUGUGGUCAGUGAUAUAUCAAAAAGAGUAAAUGCCAUAGUUGAUGUUAUCAGUGAUAUAUCAAAACGAGAUGAUGAUACAGGUGGUCUCGAUUUCCGGAUUUCCCGACAAGAGUGUUCUACAAGAUUAAUGAAAUGUGUCCCAUAUCUGUCAGCUAUUUCUUCUACUUCAUCAGACUCCUCACUAAGUGAAAUGUGUAUGCAUGCAACUCAAGCUAUAACUUGUCUGGAAGAGUUUUCAUCUAAAUGUUCAACCGUUUUUCCUAAUAUAAAAUUAUCAGAGUUGGAAGACAGUAUUGUACCACUGAGAGUACUGUGUAACCAGGAUAGCAAUGAAAUAACCCUGUCACAAUAUCAAGAAAGAGAUUUAACCCAAUCUAACACUUUAGGUGCGAGGGCUACUGAAAAAGAAUGCCAGGAAAUGGGUGAAUCAUGUUUAGCUAUAGUCGAAUCCCUUGGUAUUGCACGAGGUCAAAGAGAAGUAAUGUGCAACGGAAUAAGGAGUAUGCUAAGUUGUUUCCAAAACGUUUUGACUGAAUGUGCAGAUCAACUACAAAAUUACAAUGUUGAUACCAUGAUGGCUGCAUACCAACAACAACUUGGUAUUUACUGUAACGGCAAUGAAAAUGAAAUUGGUGGAUCAGGACCUAUGUCAGGUGGACCAGGACCUAGGCCAGGUAGACCAGGACCUAUGGCAGAUGGACCAGGACCUCAGCAAGUUCUUUUCCAGUGUGAAAAUAAAUUUAAUGAAUGCGGACAAUAUGGUGCUCAGUUAGAAGCCGCAGGUGCGCUGGAUCCAGACACACGUUGUGGUGUUAUGAGACAACAAGUUGAAUGUAAUGAUCAAUUUCUAGCAGAUUGUGGUUCAAUCAUGCCUGAAAUGAUUAAACAGCGUUUAGAAGUCGCGGGUCAAGAAUACAAUCAAACAUGUGUUGGAGAUGACCAUACAGAUUUAACCCAAUCUAACACUUUAGGUACGAGGGCUACUGAAAAAAAAUGCCAGGAAAUGGGUGAAUCAUGUUUAUCUAUAGUCGAAUGCCUUGGUAUUGCACGUGGUCAAAGAAGAGUAAUAUGCAACGGAAUAAGGAGUAUGCUAAGUUGUCUCCAAAACGUUUUGACUGAAUGUGCAGAUCAACUACAAAAUUACAAUGUUGAUACGAUGAUGUCUACAUACCAACAACAACUUGGUAUUUACUGUAACGGCAAUGAAAAUGAAAUUGGUGGACCAGGACCUAUGUCAGGUGGACCAGGACCUAGGCCAGGUAGACCAGGACCUAGGCCAGGUAGACCAGGACCUAUGACAGGUGGACCAGGACCUCAGCAAGUUCUUUCCCACUGUGAAAAUAAAUUUAAUGAAUGCGGACAACAUGGUGCUCAGUUAGAAGCGGCAGGUGCGCUGGACCCAGUUGCACGUUGUGUUGUUAUGAGACAACAUGUUGAGUGUAAUGAUCAAUUACUAGCAGAUUGUGGUUCAAUCAUGCCUGAAAGGAUUAAACAGCGUUUAGCAGCCACCGGUCAACAAUACAAUCAAAUAUGUCCAGGCAGUAAUAAAGCUGUAGUGCCAAAGAAAAAAACAGGACGACUUUCUCCGGCAAAGUGUGAAGCAAUGAUUUCUAAUUGUAAGAGAAAAUUACUAGGAUAUGAAGCUGGUAAUAAGGAAAAGUGUCUGCAAGGUUACAAGACAAUGAGAUGUUACAGAAGAGCUGCUAAAGUUUGUAAAUUGACAAGACCUAUUAGAAAGGAAAUUAAAGCUUUCAAAAUAUCUCAUAUAAAUACUUGUGGCAAGAAGAAGCCAAGGGCUGUAGAUGAUGUUUAUGAUCUUGAUGGUCUUGAUGAUAGUUUUGAUAUUUAUAUUGCCUGGUUGGACGGUGAUGAUAUUGAUGCUGAUUAGGCCAUUACGUUUUAAAUAGAUAGUAUUUAAUCACAGUGCCUUUAAACUUAAUGUUAAAAUCUAAAUAUGUUUUUGUAUCAUUCACCAAGGUUGAGUAAUAAAAUUCCUGUAACCUGAA